ACAAAUUGUAAAAGGUCUGUUUUGACACUUCACAUACACGUGUGCGUCUGAAUGUGUGUGUGCCUGGAAGAUAGCUGCACGCGCGGUUGAAUUUAGAUGACGGAAACACCGGCCUCGUGCGAAUGCCGCGCCCAUUCUCCGAUCCCCUCCCCCUUCUCUUCGCGCGCUCGCGCUCUAGCCGAGACAACAGCGUCAGCACUGCACGCUCUACUUCCCCCCAACUGCGAUCUACAGUUUUAUCAGUCUACGCAGUCAUAAUUCAUCGUGGUUAUUUCUGUCAGAUCAUAUGUCAACCCACUGCCAUCGAGUAAAUCACAAGAUAUUAAAAGCCAGAGCCGGGAAACAGACCCAUUCUUUCGGAAAUCCGCAUCUUGGCAAACGACGGUCGCGCGUGAGGGAAUGUGUCCCGAUGGAUGAAAUACGAUCUCGCGAAGCAGACACAAUUGCUGAAAGGAUGGAUGAAACGCUGUUGGGAUAAAUCAAGGAGACUUGAGAUUACAGAUUCGGAGUUUGGAAAGUCACAACUGUGGCCUGACCGAGUGGAGGAGAAUAUAUCGUCUGCUCGCCCCGACUUGUGGCGGUUGAGCCUCGCUGUCACGUCCGGUCCGCCAAAGUGGGUCAAAUAUGGCCGGCGUUGGAGAGGUGCGGGUGGAGGAGAGUUUAAGAGUGAAAAUAGGAGAAGCCAAGAAUUUGCCUGCUAACUCUGGAAGUCCACGGAAUACCUUCUGUGCCAUCAGAUUAGACUUGGAAGAAAUUUAUCGGACCACCACUGUUGAAAAAUCAUUGGACCCAUAUUUUGGUGAGGAAUUUGCUGGUGAAAUCCCAAAGAAGUUUCGCACUUUGUCUGUACUGUUGUAUGAGGUUGUGUCCAAAUCGGAAAAGGUCUUGGGAAAGGUAUCUAUUAAGAAAGAUGAGCUUUAUAAAUAUCACCAGAAAGAACACUGGUUUCCUCUGGCACCUUCAGAUGCUGAGUCUGAUGUUCAGGGGAAGGUCCACCUUGAAAUCCGCUUUGAUGAAUACCUUAGCUCAGAACCUGAUUUCUACUCAUCGCACAGAAUGGCUGUCAGAGUUGUGGAGUGCAGUGACCUAAUGGUGGUUAAUGGUGCCUGCAACCCCUAUGCAGUAGUCGUGCUGUCAUGGGGGAAACUUAGACACAAGGAAGUCAAGCGCACAGUGGUCCGCAAGAAGACAAUCUGUCCACAGUUUGAUGAUGUUUUCUGCUUUGAUCUGAACAAUAAGGGUCAGAAUCAUGACAGGAACAUCUACAGCUUUGAUGACAUCUAUGAAGGAGAGCUAAGUGUCUCUCUUUGGCAUGAUGACUCCAAGGUGUCUAGAGAAGUCCUUGGUCACAUGUUUCGUGGCAGCUUCCUUGGAGAGGUAAAAAUAUUACUGCGUGACCUGGAUCUGUCUACAGUUCACACAGCAUGGUACUGUCUGCAGGCGAGGGAAAUGUCAAAUAAAUUGCAGCCCCUUGAAGACCUUGGGUCCAUUCGCCUCAAGAUCUCCUACACUGCUGACUAUGUUUUUGAGUCACACUAUUACCAUGAUCUUCGUGAGUUACUGCUGGCUUCUGCAGAUGUAAAGCCAGUCAGUUCUAGUGCAGCUUUCCUUCUAGGAGAGAUAGCUGACACUCAGCAGGAGGCCGCACAACCCCUUGUCAGGUUGUUUGUUCACUAUGAGAAAAUUUUGCCAUUUAUACGGAGCCUUGCUGACUGGGAGAUGUCACACAUGACUGAUCCUAAUACCCUUUUUCGUGGAAAUACCUUGUUGUCCAAAAUGUUGGAUGAGCUGAUGAAGCUAGUUGGAUUGCCCUACCUGCACGACACACUCAGGGCUUUUAUUGAUAAUGUUUGUGAUGAACCCAAGUCAUGUGAAAUCGACUCAACAAGGAUUAAAGAUGGAGAAAACCAUGACCAAAACCUGGAAAACCUUAAGUCUUAUGUGAAGUCAGCUUUAGAGGCAAUCACAGCAUCAGGGCUGGUUUGUCCUACCCUCUUGCGAGAUGUCUUCUGUGUGUUGAAAGAGAUGGCACUUAAACACUAUCCAGACAACCCUAAUGUCAGGUAUCAUGCCAUUACAAGCUUUAUCUUUCUCCGGUUCUUUGCUCCGGCUAUUUUGGGACCACGACUUUUUGAACUUAGAUCUGAAGCUCAGGAUCCAGUUGUUGUCAGAGCCCUGACGCUGAUAUCUAAGGCCAUUACAAGUCUUGCCAACAUUGUUACUUCAAAAAGUGCUAACUUUGGGCUAAAAGAGGAAUACAUGGUACCCUUGUUAGAUGCUCUUUCAACUGAAGCAACAAGGGAAUCAAUUAAAAUGUUUUUAGACAUCAUCUCGGCCACAGGAGCAUACGCCAAGAACAUUGAAGCACCAAUAACCUUGAAAGAAGGAUUAAUGAUCAAAAGAGCUCAAGGUCGAAAACGGCUUGGGCUGAAAAAUUUCAAAAAGCGCUACUUUUGUCUUACAAACCAGUUUAUAUCCUAUGCAAAAUCAAAAUUGGACAAGCCUUUGUGUGUGAUCCCAGUUGAGGAUGUUUUGGCUGUGGAGCGUCUGCAGGAAGAUUCCUUCAGGAUGAAAUAUAUGUUCCAAGUAGUCCAGAAGCAGAGAGCACUUUAUGUUCAAGCAAGCAACUGUGUUGAAGAAAAAGAGUGGUUAGAUAUCUUGACAAAAGUGUGCAAGUCGAACAAAAACCGCUUAAAAGAGUUCCACCCUGCAGCAUUCAUCAAUAGCCACUGGCUUUGCUGCAAGAGCGUAGAUCCAAAUGCUAAAGGCUGUUCACCAGUCACAGGUGGGGUUCCUGUGACAGAUAUACAAGUGGACAUUGAUCCUGACAGAGAGCUAGAGAAGAUCCAUUCUCUUUUCUUGGCCCAUAUGGAUAAACUUGACGCCCUGCAGGCUUGCAUGAAAAGUGGAAAUGAUGUUUGUGGGAGUCAAGUAGUGUAUGCUGGAGUGUCAGAAGAGCUGCGUCCCAGCAUUUAUGUAGAGGACCCUCAGACAUGUUUCCAGACAGUCAGUGAGCUCCAGAAGUGUGUUGUUAGUCUGGAACAGGAACACAAACAGUAUUUGCGGAUGGUGCAACGAUCCACUGUCAUUGGUUCCAGGGAAGCUCCGAUUGGUGAUGACAGCUGUGGUUUUCCAUUUGGAAGCAAAAGUCAUUUAUAGUUGAGUGUACAGUGAGCAUCAAACAAUAAACUGUCUUUACUCCACAAAGCCAAAACACUCAAAGAGCUGUAAUCAGCAAGGUAGGGUUCAGUGUAAAUAAAUUCCACAAGUCAAGGAAAUCAUUUGAUCCUCAGUGGAAUAACUAGUCAAAAGGAGGUUUGAUUGACAUGACAGUGUGCUCAUCAAAAAGCCAUUGUGUUCAAAGUUUAGCCUUUUUCAAGGUGUGUGAUGCAUGGAAGAAAUGGGCUCUUUAAGUCUAAUUUGGUUAAAUUUAGUCAGCAUGUAAAUGCAUUUUUCCAGGCUUGUGUGAUUUGGAGUGAUAUGUUUAGGCUUUGGAGAAAUCUGGCUCACUGAAGGUAUUCAGUGUGGCACUGAAGAACUCUUGAGCUUUUAUGUGAGGUUGGUAGAUUCAUUUAAGUGUUUCUUUUUUUCUUAGAUUGAGUGAAUUGCAUUAAAGGGGAAUGUAUAGCAGCUGUCUGAUACAAAUGACACCACAAGAUCCGAUAUUAGAUGUCACUCUCAGAGAAGAGUUUUUUAUUUCCAGAUACCUCAUGACAUUUGCACUGACAAGUUGCUAUAUACUUUAAGAAUUUGUGUGAUUUAGAGAAUGAGUAAUUAAAUGUGCAUGUGUGUGUGUGUUGAAAAAAGGCAAGCAGACUGUUGAAAUGGUCUAGAAUGUUUUAGGCAUGUUGUCAGCUGGAUGGACCCUUUGUGAAGUGAAUAUCAGUUAUCUGUGCUAUUUCAAUGCUAUUCCAGUACUGGCAGGAUUUGGUGUAGAAAGACUAGCUUUUGUCCAACAGUUUUGAGCUACUUGCAGGUAGCCUUGCAUUACAAAGGGUUGUUAUUGUUGAUCCUAGAGGGAGGCAAUCCAUAGCAUAAUGCAUUCAUGCUCCGAUCUGUGCAGUUUUAACUGAGAUAGGUGUUUGUCAGCAGUCAAGAAUAGGUUAAAGCAGCGGUUCUCAACCUUUUACUUGUGACGCCUCCCGACGAACAAAGGUACAUCCGCACACCUCCCUUAGCCAGCAAUGUAAGCUAAUUUCACUAAUACCGGCAUAAGAAACUUUUAAAAAAUGACCACCUUCUCACCCCACCGUUUGAGAACCGUGGGGUUAAAGACUACGACAUCAUGCCAAGCCUUUCUGUACUUUCCUACUUCUGACAUAAGACAGAAUUUCAGAAGCAUUUAUUUUUGCUGUGUUAUGCCAUUGCAGCUGAUGAUGACAAGAACAAUGUGAAUAUUUCAUCAAACGUAGCUAUGAAUGAGUGUGACUGCAGACAGUUGUGCAUGUAUGCAGUCAUAUUUUUCGGGCUGUAGUUAUAAUGUACAGGAUCCUCAGGGACUGGAAAGACUGCACUUCUUCAGUCCAAAGACAUUGUUGACCUAUUGUCAUGCCUAUAUCAUUUUACACAUCUCCCCCUCCACAUAUCCUUGUGCAUAAAGUUGGACAUCUCCAGUUGUGUGCGACAAUCUUUGUAUCAUAAUAUUUACAAGUUACUUUCCACUAGAUUUUUUUUAAAAAGAGAAAAAUUCCUGAUAUAUUUUAAACUUUUCAGGGAUUCCAUGCAUCUAUCAUUGUUUGCAUCGAGGGCUAUUUUACUCAAUGCAAAAUAUAAUGGAGGCAUUAGUGUAUACUCUAGUAAGUUUCGGCAUGGCGUUUGGUGCAGUUGUCGAUAGUUGCUGGGUCAAGGGUUAUGUGUUAUAAAGUGUGGCUUUGUCACAUUACAGGCAGCAGUCUGUCUAAAAUGCUAGUUUUUUUACAUAAGAAUGUGUAUGUAACAGUAUGCCUAGUUUGUAGGCAUCUUUGACAGGAUGUAAAAAAAAUGGGGUUUGUUGUGGUGGUUGGCAGGCACCAGUGUAAAACAACUGUAAUGGGAUCCUUGGUUUCAACGAGUAUUUUACACAUCAUGUUUGGACAGCAGUUACCACUUUAUGCAUGCCAGAGUUCAGCCUUCAAAGACUGGUGCUUCAAAAUUAAUGUUGAAGUGCCUUGUGUUUUAAUCUGUAAAUAGGCAGGUGCAGACUUGCACCAUAACUGUUGUAUGAUAACUUAUUUCUCCCUUGUUCAUUGUGAUCAAAUCCACAAGCAUAAUCUUAAUAUUUUUUGAACAGAUGUGAUUCUAUUUUUUGAGCCUUGUGAAAACAAGAUUAUAAAUUAUAUGCUCCAGAAUCACAGGGUAUUGUGAGGAUUGAAUGUACUUCUUUUCUGCAUUUAUACUCCACAAUUUGUUUCCUUUUUCAGGGGUGAUGGAGAAAUAAGGGGUCAUUGAAGGUAGGGGGGAAUUGCCAUUCCUUCCAGCUAUUCUUUUAAGAACAUCUUGUGCCAUAUUUUUUAUCUCAUUGUUCAUAAUUAUCUGCACAUAUUGUAAGUGUGAAUUGUGUACAAAAAUGCCAGGGGUUGGGCGGAGAAAAAGAGACAAUGAUCUGCAACAGCAGAAUAAAAGAUCACCGGUUGACAAGAUAGCCUGGUUUCUAACAGUUUUGAUGCCCUGAAUGUCUCGGACCUUGUCCGACUUACAUCAUCUUGGUUGGCUAUCCUGCCUCCCAACAUUUUGUUAAUGUACAUGCACAAUGAAUUGGGACCUUUCAGUCAAGCAGCUGAUAACUGUUGACAGAUUGACUAUAACCUUGCACAAAGCUUUUUUUUAUUGGAUGUGAACUAUACCAUGGAAACGUGCACAAAUUCCUUGUUACCACUGUGACAGUAUUUUACUAAUCUCUUACAAAUUGAUUGAGAUUGUUGGCAAAUAUUUUCGAAGACUGUUUCGUAGUUAACAAAAUCAAACUUUUUUUUAUGGUCUUUGUUUCUUCUAGAAUUGGGCUGAUCAGGAUCAAAGCAUAAUAUAUUUGUGCGAAAUCAUUUGCAAAGUAGAAACAUGAAUGUUUGAGCCCAUGUGUUUGUAUACAUUUGUAUUUUUUGAGGGAUGGGUGGGUAUCACAGAAUUUAAUGUAUCACAGAAUAAUUGCAUAAAGAAUCUUUAUUAAUAUAUGCAUCAGUAUUUGUUUCUAGCCAAUUUGAUAUUCUAUUAUUUUUUUUUUAAUUUUGGUUACAACCCAACAGUACUGUUGAUAAGACCAGAAGGUCACAAACAAUCAUAAAGAAGACUUAACGUAGCUUCUUGUGAUAAAUUUAAGGAUUAGCUAGAUCAAAAAUUUGUUUUUCCUUAUGACUGGGCAGAGCUUAAUUCAAGAUGAUAUUUCUCAAACCUUGAUGAAAAUGAAUAAACUCCAACUCCCCCCACCUCCCUCAACCCACUUUCUUGAGAUAGGUAUCUACAAACACCAUGUGCUGAAGAAGUCAACAACAUAAAUGAUAUGAUAUGAUAUGAAGGAGACUUAUAACGCGCAAAAUCCGAAUCCUUGGGAAACGCUCAAUGCGCCGAAAAGUUACAGAAAAGUACACAAAUAAAACAUUAGCAGCUGCAGAAAACCAAAAGGAAAGUGAGAAUCAAAUGAUUAAAUGCCAAGAUAUAUGGAUACAUGGAUGUGUUUACUUUUGUCAAGGAUUCAACUAGUGGAAGAACUUAGACCACAUGUUUAUUUGGCAUAUCUGUGUAUAAAUGUAACAUUAUAAUUUUCACUUUGUUCUGUGCAUGGUUAUGUUUGUAGGUAUCUCCAGAAUGGUAGUGGGGUGUUCAUCUGGAUAUUAUCUGAGCACCAAGAUUUACUCUGUCAUUAGAAAACCGUUUUGCACCUCACCAGACUUUUAGAUAUGUUUAAGUAAAAUUUAUCACAAUGGUCCUUCCUAAAUUUUGUAAUUCUUGUGCCAAGGAAUUUUAAUAUCAGCAAUUGAAUAAGCAGGUAUUAGGGACCAUAAAAACAGACCACAGGUAUCAGGCUAGGCUGUGAUCUAUGGCUGUGGCAAGGUGUACAUAUCUCCUGAUGUCACCUGUUUGGAGUUGCAGAGCAUCCAUUUCAGAAAUGCAUGCGAGAUAGCUUUAUAUCAAACCCACAUCUAUGGAGGUGGAUAGAGUCCCUUUCUUGGACACCUUCCAGAAGUGGGCUUCGCUCAUGGUGUAACACCUAACAGCCAGAAUAUCUGUGGUAACUGACUUGUUGAAUAUUUAAGCAAUGACUCGGAGAAAAUUUAUUUUUCAAUGAUCUCCAACAUUAAAUUUUAAAAAUGAAACUAGCUGAUAGAAUUCUCACUUUAUACUUCACACUGUCGUCUAAACAGCCAAGGUGUGGAGGAGUAAUUUGACAGUUUUCUAGCAACUCUGAGCUCUGAUGCAUUAUGAAUACUUGGACAUGCAGAAAUCAAGGCGUGACUUGAUGUCAUAAGAUUUGUCCUGUUUUCAAUUUGUAAAAGAGCACUUGUCAUUUAUGAAAGCUAGAUCAAUUUAGGAUUUUUAAGAGUGUAAUGUCAUAAUAUUCAGUUUUAUUACAGCUGUUCAAUUUUUAUUAGUGCUGGAAUUUUCUAAAGUGCUUGUGAGCAGCCACAAGGUAUUUGACAUUAUUGGUCAUGCAAAUUUUGUCCAUUCAAUAAUAAUAAUGGCCUUUCAUUCACUGGUCUGAGUUAGUAGCUAACUUUUGUUUUCUAAACUAUCUUUUUAUUGUAUGUCAUGCAAGUGUGAAAAUCUAAAGUGCGUCUACACACUUCAGCAAGAGUAAAAAAUCAUCUUCCACUUGUU